CUGCUGCCAGCCGGGCUCGCGCUGCCGCUGCUGCUGCUGCGCCCCCAAACAGCCGCAGCGCGGCCGCCUCGAGCACCGCAAGAGCACCUCGCAGCUCUCCAAGAAGACCAGCAGCGUCGGCGACGCCCACGAGCUGGACACGGGCCCCAAGAUCGACCCCUCGUUGGUGGAGCACACGUCACUGAUGCGCGCAGCCAUCCCCAUCCUGCCCGUGCCGCUCGCCUGGUUCUGCCUCGUCUGCAACGUCAUCAUACCUGGUCUGGGCACUAUGAGCAGCGGGCUGUUCUGCCUGUGCUUCGGCAAGCCGCGCUUCUCGGUGCGCGACGACCCGCAGGCGCGCGUCGGCGCGUGCUGCGUGGACCUGGUGAUCGCCGUGGGGCAGCUCUUCACCGUCGUCUUCUGCCUCGUCGGCUGGGGCUGGAGCAUCUGGUGGGGGCUCAUCAUGCUGCGCCUCGCACGAAAGAACCGGCGGUUAGAGGCUCAGGCGGUGCAGGAGGAGCAGGGAGCAGCGAACGUGGCGCCAGCUGCUGCGGCGGCGGCCGCUCGUCAGAACCACGACGUGGAGCGCGCUCGGCGCUAGCCACCCGAUUCUGCCCCACGUCACUUCGCAAACACCCAGACAUUAUUUUUGUACUACAGAAUUACUAUAAAAUUAGCAACACGCACAACGACAAAUUUUGUAACCACACAAAUUCAUUUGAAAAUAUGUGUACGCAAUUGCUCUAAUAAACAUUUUG